GGUCCGAGCGCACCGAGUGGGAGGCGGCAACCUGCACCGACAAUUACUCAGAGACUCUCUCUUACUUGUUAGCUGUUUGUUCUGGUCGGAGAAAGACAUCAAGGGACCUCAGGAAGAAAGGAAAAAUGGAAAAUGAGAGCAAGAGGAAGAUGAAGGAGAGAUUUGGCCUGAGGCGGGACAUCUUUAAGGAGUUCCUGGCGGAAUUUCUGGGGAUAUUUGUCCUGAUACUCUUUGGAUGUGGUUCAGUGGCCCAGACGGUGCUGAGUAAAGGGGCUCUCGGGGAACCUUUGACCAUCCAUGUUGGUUUCACUCUCGGAGUCAUGAUGGCUGUUUACAUGGCAGGGGGAGUGUCAGGAGCCCAUGUGAACCCUGCGGUCUCUCUGGCCAUGGUGAUCUUGGGGAAGCUUCCUCUGAAGAAGUUUCCUGUGUAUGUGGUGGCACAAUUCCUGGGGGCCUUUGCUGGAUCCUGUGCGGUCUACGGGUUGUAUUAUGAUGCUUUGAUGGACUACACCAAAGGAGAACUUUCUGUUACUGGUGCAAAUGCCACAGCCAACAUAUUUGCAUCUUAUCCUGCAAAACAUCUCUCAGUCCUAAAUGGGUUUGUUGAUCAGGUUAUUGCAACUGGUGCUCUGAUCCUGUGCAUCCUGGCCAUCACUGACAGAAAGAAUAUCGGUGCUCCCAAAGGCAUGGAGCCUCUGUGCAUUGGCCUGAUCAUCAUGGCCAUUGGAGUGUCCAUGGGUCUCAACUGUGGCUAUCCAAUCAACCCGGCACGAGACCUUGGCCCACGGUUCUUCACAGCUGUGGCUGGAUGGGGCAUGGACGUAUUCAGAGCUGGAGGUUGCUGGUGGUGGAUUCCUGUGGCAGGGCCCAUGGUGGGUGGAGUGGUUGGAGCUGGCGUUUACUUCCUCUUCAUUGAGCUGCACCACCAUGAGCCUGAAAAACAGGAGAACAACGUCCAGGACAAAUAUGAAAUGGUAACUAUGAGUUAAAAUUUUAAAUAAAGGUUGCAGAGUAUCAGAUUUUCAGCUUCAGAAGGCAAAGAAAUGUUCAUCUAAAUGAAGCAGUUUUAUACAUUUCUACAAGACACAUUCUGACGAAGCAUGCAUCUGACUGCACAAUGUCAUACUCAUUUGUAAACUAUGCAUGAAUGUUUUAUGAAGCCUUUAAAGUCUCUUUUUGUAGAGUCUGGCUAGUUUAUAGGUUUCCGGUUUUAUCUGCGGCUCUUUCAUAUAUCAAAAACCUUCUUGAUAAAUAUAUUCUCUUUAGACAUCAAGCAUUUCCUUUUAUUCCAUGAUUUCAUGACCUUGUGUGGAGACUUUCUCUGAAUUAUAGCAAUGCAGUAUUCUUUAUAAACUCCUAUUUCCUAACUGGGAUCAUCUCCUCUCGUUAGAAAUAUUUGCCAAGUUUCUAUACAGCAAUUUUAUUUUUACUAUUGUCUACCCAACAAACAGGGGCAUAAAAUAUAUGUAAGGAAAAUGUUGAUUUAAAAUGUAGUAAUUUAUAUUAUUUUUAGCCAAUGUGUUACGGUAGUUUUGUGUUUUGUGUAGUGGUUUCCUUAUUCUGUUUCACUUCAUUCUUUGCAUGUGUGUAAAGAAAUGUGAUUGAUUGCUUUACUGUAUCUUGCUAAUAGCAACACGUUUAGUAGAAAAUCCAGCCUUAAAUCAUUAUACUGGUUUUCCUUACUUUUUCACUCUUCUCCAUAAUUUUGUGACACACAAACUCAUGCUAUAUCCCUGGAUGACAGAUUUGUCUGUUACAGCCACCCUUGAUAUUGAAAAGCCAUAACUUAACUUAAGACAAGUAAGUCUUGAAAACAAAACAAGAAAAAAAAAAUGAAUGGAAUUAGUUUUUGAAUUGUGUUUGAGUGAUUGCACACUGUAUCAGGGGCAACCCUCAAACCCCCGACUAACUGUUUACAUUAAAAACUCACAAAAACAUAUUACAAACAGAACAAAACUUCUGAUAAAUUGUGCUUUAGAGAUGCAUAACGCUUGUAUCCUGUGUGCACACAACUGUGAAUUUGCUAAGACAAUCAAACAAUGUUUUAGGAUAAUCUGAUUUGUAACCCAGCAUGGAAGGAUUAAGCACCACUGUCAGACAACAGAAUACAUGCAAACCUAUGCUAAACACGCAUUCGUACAUCUAUUAAUUGUGAGAUUACAUUUGUGCUUCACUGAAUAUCACUUUGUGUAUUUUGCGUAAUACACAUGACACUUGGCAACAUGACAAUCACUUGAAGAUAUGACAUGUUUUUCAUCUGUUUGUUUGUAAAGUCAGUGGCACAAAAAUUAAAAAGUGGGGUCUUGAACACUCAGGUAGUGUCUCCAUUAUACUACAAACCCUGUAUGUGGCCUAUGUUUGAAACAGAAUAUUUACAGUAUGCAUGUUUGAAAAGCAGCUACAAGCGUUUGUUUCACAGAAACUAUUAAGCUGUUCAGUGAAAUGGUGUAUAUGUUGGUACUCGUCCCUCCCUUGUUAUAAACUUUAGUGCUUCUGUUCCAGGUGGCAGCCUGUCAGGAAGUAACAUUUGAGUCUUUAUGUCUGUUGUUUUCUUGUUUCGCUUUUUCUAAAGUAGUUUAGUAACACUAUUUUCUCAAGUACUGUCUGUCUGAA